GACUGAAGCGUGGGAAGGAAGUGAAUUCUGUACAGAAGAGGAAUAGGGUCAAUCAAAUCUCAGGAAUACAGGGCAGGUUAUCUCCAGGAACACAGGAAAAACAGCAAAGUGGAGUCAAGUACAUGCAGCAGCUUCAUGGGCUUGAAGGAUCACUUGGGGCAUGACCUAGGCCACCUUUAUGUGGAGAGCACUGACACACACAUAAGUGCUGUUGUACCUUGGUCAAUGGUGGAGAAACCAACAAUGGAUAAAGUUAACUCUAGGAAGGAAGAUGCAGAAAAGGUGGUAUCCAAAGAUAUUGAAAGCUCCAGUUGUGAUUCAGAAGAAAACACAAAUUCUGAUAAUGAUUCAGAACAACUGGGUAGCAUUGCAGUAGAACCAUGUUUGUUAACCAAGACUCAUAGACAGCUACGUAGGUCUCCCUGUUUAGAGCCUCACAUAUUCAAAUGCAACGAAAUCUUGCAAGACUUAAAAACAGAGGAGACACAGACAACGCCUAAGGAAGUGAAGAAGCCCCCUGAUGUGGUGAAAGAAUACCAAGCCAAACUGGAGUUUGCACUUAAGUUGGGUUAUUCUGAAGAACAGGUUCAGCUUGUGCUAAAUAAACUUGGUACUGAUGCUUUAAUCAAUGAUAUCUUAGGAGAACUGGUCAAACUUGGAAAUAAAAGUGAAACUGAUCCAACUGUUAGUACAAUUAACAGUAGCAUAAUUAGAGAACCAUCUUCCCUAGAAUCUCAGAGAUCUGACUCCCCACUUCAGGAGAUCAUGACAGAUGAUGGUGAGAAUCUGAGACCAGUAGUUAUUGAUGGCAGCAAUGUGGCAAUGAGCCAUGGGAACAAAGAAGUAUUUUCCUGCCGUGGAAUAAAAUUGGCUGUUGAUUGGUUUUUGGAAAGAGGCCACAAAGAUAUUACAGUGUUUGUUCCUGCCUGGAGAAAAGAGCAGUCAAGACCUGAUGCUCUCAUCACAGAUCAAGAAAUUUUGCGUAAGUUGGAGAAGGAGAAAAUUUUGGUGUUUACUCCAUCCCGACGUGUUCAGGGAAGAAGAGUAGUAUGUUAUGAUGACAGAUUCAUUGUAAAAUUGGCUUUUGAGUCUGAUGGUAUCAUUGUGUCCAAUGACAACUACAGGGAUCUGGCUAAUGAAAAGCCAGAAUGGAAGAAGUUUAUAGAUGAGCGAUUGCUGAUGUAUUCCUUUGUUAAUGACAAGUUCAUGCCUCCUGAUGAUCCUCUUGGCCGACAUGGCCCUAGCUUGGACAACUUUCUAAGGAAAAAGCCUAUUGUUCCAGAACAUAAGAAGCAGCCAUGUCCCUAUGGAAAGAAAUGUACCUAUGGACACAAGUGCAAAUACUACCAUCCUGAGAGGGGAAGUCAGCCACAGAGAUCAGUAGCUGAUGAACUUCGUGCCAUGUCUAGAAAUACAGCAGCCAAAACUGCAAAUGAAGGAGGAUUAGUGAAAAGCAAUAGUGUUCCUUGUAGCACUAAAACUGAUAGCACUUCUGAUGUCAAACGUGCUGCUCCAAAGAGGCAAUCAGAUCCAAGCAUAAGAACUCAAGUCUAUCAAGACUUAGAGGAAAAGCUUCCCACCAAAAACAAAUUGGAAACCAGGUCUGUUCCUUCUUUAGUUAGUAUACCAUCUUCCUCUGCUGCAAAACCCCAAAGUACUACACCUUUAAGCAAUGGCCUUCCAUCUGGAGUUCAUUUCUCACCUCAGGAUCAAAGACCCCAGGGUCAGUAUCCUCCGAUGAUGAUGGCAACCAAAAAUCAUGGAACGCCAAUGCCUUAUGAACAGUAUCCAAAAUGUGAUUCACCUGUUGACAUUGGAUAUUAUUCCAUGUUGAAUGCAUACUCAAAUCUUAGUGUCUCUGGCCCCAGGAGUCCUGAAAGGCGGUUCUCCUUAGACACGGAUUACAGAAUCAGUUCUGUAGCCUCUGACUGCAGUAGUGAAGGGAGCAUGAGUUGUGGGAGCAGUGAUUCCUAUGUGGGGUACAAUGACAGGUCAUAUGUUAGUUCUCCUGACCCACAACUGGAGGAGAGCUUAAAGUGUCAACACAUGCACCCACACAGCCGCCUUAAUUCCCAGCCCUUUCUACAAAGUUUCCAUGAUCCCUUAACUAGAGUGCAAAGUUACAGUCAUGAAGAACCAAAGCAUCAUCAUAAGCCUCCAGUUCCAUACAUGGCUGUGCAUUUGCAGCAUCCAGCUGUGGGGGCUCGAUCCAGUUGCCCUGGCGAUUAUCCCUCUCCUCAGAAUUCAGCACACUCUAAGACACUACACCUCGGGAGAUCUUUAGUGUCCACGAGGAUAGACAGCAUUUCAGAUUCUCGGCUCUAUGACAGUUCUCCUUCUAGACAAAGAAAGCCUUAUUCCCGCCAAGAAGGGCUGGGGGCCUGGGAGAGGCAGAAUUAUGGCAUUGAUGCAUAUGGCUACCGUCAGACGUACUCGUUGCCUGAUAACACCACCCAGCCAUGCUAUGAGCCAUUUACUUUCCAAAGCUUACCUGAGCAGCAGGACCAGACAUGGCGGGUACCUUUCUGUGGCCUGCCGCAAGAUGCUCCCAGAUACCAGGACAACCGAGAAAAGGUGUACAUCAACCUGUGCAACAUUUUCCCAUCCGACCUUGUGAGAGUUGUCAUGAAAAGAAACCCACACAUGACCGAUGCUCAGCAACUUGCUGCAGCUAUUUUAGUGGAGAAAUCCCAGCUGGGUUAUUGAGCAAUGACGCAUCUUCGUGGUGUUUAGUCGUUGUUUGUUCAGCUCAGAUGCUGAGGGAGGUUUGCUACAGUAGCAUUUGUGAUCUCCUUCUCAGCAAGGAGGUUCUCUAGUAAUCCCUUUAUGUGAAAUCCUGUAUCAUGGUAUCUGUAUGUAUAGCCCCAUGCAUUGGAAGUAUCACGGGAUUCUUUUACCUUCAAACUUGACUUUUUUUUAAUGUUUCCUUUUUUUAAAACUAUAUUCACAACUGGAAAUUUUUCCAGGUUGGUUUGAUAGAUGUAUCUGUGAUCUUUGAUAAUAAUUUUUGGUGCAUCAGGGGUUUAUAUGCAGCACUUUUUAAUCUUUGUUUUGUGUUUUAUUAACUGGGUCUUUGCCUAUCAUUUGCAAGAAAUUACAAUACUUUCAGAAAGGUGAGCGCAUUUGACUAGAUUAGCAUACUUUUGUCAAGCCAAGCUUAAUUUGAGUCUUUUACAGCUUUUUAAAAUUAUUUUUAUUUGGGGGAAGUGGGCUUUUUUGUGCUAGAAUCAUUAUUUAUAGAAAACAAAGAUAUAAUACAGCACUGACUUUAUCUUUUUAAACGAAAUGUAAGUUACCAGUUUUUAUUGAAAUGGGUAACGGUAUAUUAGAGUGAUUUACAAUAUAUGGCACUUUUUAUUAUUUUGGUUUUGUUUUUAUUUUGUUUUCUGUUAGUUAAAUAGUUGAUUUAAUGUGAUUGACUUAAAGGACGGCAGAUGCAAUCAAUGGAAAACAAAUUCGUUUCCAUUCCUUAUGGAUAAGGCAAAAGCCUAAAAAAGUCUCGAUUUAGAUCUGUGUCAUUAUCCAGCUCUUUUGUGCUUCUAAACAAUAGAAAUGGAAUUGAAAUCCUAGAUUUCCAUUAAGCUCUUGUUUUAUGUGUGUCUGCCUCUUUGUAUUGGCGCACAGGAAUACUGGAUAAAACACCCUUUCACAAUAUUUACCUAUUUUUAAAUGAAUCUAGUUAUUCUCAAUGCAACUUUUAUAUUUAAUAUACUGUUCAGUUUUCUUGCUAUUUAUCAAGGCUGGCCUGAGAUGGUUUUAUGCGUUGAGGAUAUGCAACAUUUAUUGAUACUGCACUAUAGGGAUGGUGGUGGAGGAAAUGUAAAUGGUAACUUAAGUUUUUUUGUAAGAUACUGUAUAUUUUCUUGAAGGUAGUUUUUUGGCCUGUUAUGUUAUUAGGGCCUGAUUCUUGCCACAAUAGAGUAGUUUUAGAAACAGACUAAAGUCUGUUCUAGUAUUAGUAAGGGAUAUUUCUGGUUUCAAAGUCAUGGGUUUUGCUAGCUCCAUUUUCAUGGGUUAGAAAAUAGAUUUUGCAUUUGGCAGUAGACAAUUGAUUGACAUAGCUUGGGCUAUUGCCUAGAGUUGUAGAAUUCUGCAUAGUGUAAUGGGAUUAUUCAGGUCAGUCGGCUUUGAGACAGUGCCAUAGUUUGUGAUUUACUGUUGAUUAUUCUACUUGCUGCAGUAUGGAGUGAAACCCUGAAAAACCAGAAAGUACCUUUUACUGUUGAUACAAAUUGUAUCUUUUUAACUAUAAGAACCAUUUUUAUUUGUAGAUGUAGUUAAAACACAAAUGCGUAACUAUGAUUAGACUU